CGCCCAGGAGUUGGUAUCUUUGUUUUUGUUUGUUCUCUCGUGUUCCUUAUGUUCCUCAGGUGGCGGUGGUGAGCGGCCAGGGAGAACUGCUGGGCUGCGCGCCCACAAGCAGAGAUGGAGAUUUCCUCCGGCCCUGCCUGCAGAGCCCGAUAGAGGGGUGUGACCAUUUGCAGUUGGCAGACUUUCACUUCCAUUAUUUCCUCUGCCACUCAGUCAUCUUUUGAUCCUCGUUUCGCAGACGGAAAACUGAGGCUAAGGAGAUCGGGGGACUUACCUGAGGACUCAGGCUAUGGCAGAGUUCGGAUUUAAAUCUGCGUCUUCUGACCCCCACGAUUAGUGCUGUUUCAGUAAUACUAGUCAUUAGUAUUUAUAACGAGCAUAUGGAACAUAAGCAUAUUUUAGUGCUUAAUAAUAACUGAGCACUUGAUCGUCACAGUGUGCCAGGGGCUGGGGGCUGCCAUCUCUCAGAGGUGUCUGCCCACAGCAGGGGGUGAUCUUUCCUUAGUUCCCGAUGCCGUGUGCAUCCGGCCAGCCUGGAUCCACAGCCGCCCUCGGCCUGCCCUUGGCACCACCAAUCCCAGGUCUGGACAUGGCAGGGUUUAGCCCCAUGUCACAGAUGAGGAACAGGCUCUGAACACUCGUGAGGCUUGGCUGAGACCACCCAGCUGGUUCUCUGCUUCUCACUUGGACGUCUAGGAAGGGGCACAGCCCUGCAUGGGGCUUCCUUGUCCGGGGCUCAGGGUCAGGAGCUCUGCUGGGGGUGUCCAGGUCUCUAGCCCACCGUCCCUGCCCCUCCCUCCUCACUGCAGAGCCCGACUCCAGAGGCCAUGCCUGUGGGCUGGCCGGGCAGGCUGCCAGUGCAGGGAGCUAACGAUGGGCUCAUUGUUGGCUCCAGGAAGUGGUCAGCUGUUCCCUAGCGGGUCUGCAGAGCCAGAGGGCCAGCCUGCCUCGGACAUGGCGGGUGGAGAUGGGAGCUGGGAGCCGAGAGCACCACUUUCCCGGAGCCCCGUGGCUCUCGGCCAGCCCUCAGGCUUCCUCUGGAAGGGAGGGCCCCGUGUGUUUGGCCACUCCUUCCCUUGCUUGGCAUUGGCCCUCUCGCUCCUCAGUCUGGCCUUUGCCCGUCUCCCCUGCCAGCCAUCUGCAGCAGAGUGCACACUCUUGGCAAUGACAUCCAGUAAACCUGCUUCCCAGAAAGGAGUGUACUCCGGCAGAGAGCUCUGUGGUACCCGGCCUGGAGAGGGCUCUGAACAGUGGUCGCACUGCACAGCUCAGGAAGUGACAUUUGGUCUGAACUUGCAGAUGGAACCCGCCUUCCUUGAUCCUCCAUGGACCACCUUUCCUAACAGCCUCCCGCCCCAGCCGAACCGCACUGGGACGGUGAUUCUGGGUUGGAAAGGUGAAGUCCUCUUCUUGGCUCUGAAUUCCUUUCUGGUUUGCACCACUGAGCCCCAGCACCCUUGCAGCCUUCUUCCCUGCUAGGGGGUUUGCCCUGCAAGUCCAGAUGCUGUCAGCUCCAAGGCGUUCCCGCUGGGCCCGGGCCAGAGUGGCUGCUGCAGAAUUCCUCCCUCCCCUGCCAGCUUCCUCAGAGUGCUUCCUCGCCCAGCACGGGCAGGAAGGGCUUUCUGUUCGGCUUGACUGGUGGGGAAGCAAUUAGUGCUCGCUUUCUGUUUUGACUCUUGUGUCUAGCAGAGUCUGUGACAUCACAGAAAAGCAGUCUUGGGCUUGAGUGAGUUUGGGAUCUGUCCCUGACAGCCUGGCCAUUGCAGAGUUGUCUGAGAGUAGGGGUGGGCGCUCACACUGCCCCCUGGGUAUGAGGUGGCCAUCUGCUGGCUUUCCAUGGCCCUUCAGGGGACCACCUCUCCCCCGCUCUGUAUCCCUGUGGUUCGGGUGGGACCAGCCCCACCACUGGUUUUAGACACAGGCAUGCGAUCCAGGCCUGGACAUAGGUUCCUGAAACUCUGCUGUGGGCCUUCUGCAGCAGCCGUGGGCAAAGAGGCAUUCUCUUUAGGUGGGAGUUACUAGGUUGACAGGAUGGAAGCUUGGAAUUGCUGGUGACUAUCCUGUCCUCCACUUGAGAACAAAGUCAACAAAGAAGAAAGAGAACUAAGAGUUGGAAAGUAUGCUGUCCAGAUAUCUGUGAGCCCCUGGAUCCAGCCAUGCCUGAAGUCAACUUACCCCUGGACUAAACUGAUUAUAUGAGCCAGUGCAUUUCUCUUUUUCUAGAAUCCAACCUGAGAUGGGUUUGUGUCACAGAAAAGGUCCUAACAGAGGUAAUAUUUUUCUUUGGUCUCAUUUUUUUUUAAUCAGCUUUAUUGAGGUAUGCUUUACAUGUAAUGAAAUCCACCCAUUUUAAGUGUGUAAGUCACAGGUUUUGUCAAAUGUGUACACCCUCGUAACCACCACCACAAUCAAGAUCUAGAACAUUUCUUAUCUCCUGGGGGAUAUGGUCGAUCCCUCAGACCAGAGACAACCACUGCUCUGCCUUUGUUCUAGAGUCUCAUUUUGCCUUUUCUACAAUUUCCUAUAAAGAUUGCCACAGAGUA